AACAAGGAUAACGUGUUUUCUCAUUCGCUGCUCCAGCAUUAAUAUACAGUAUACACUGGCUCGUUCACUCGAGUGUGUGUAUAUUUUCCAGUCAACACUCCACGACGACGACUAAGACUACGACGUGGAAACAUCGAACAAGUGUUCAACGGUUCAUGGAUAAAAUCACCCGUUUUGUUUUUUGAAUACUUCGAGUAAUAUUACGGCAAAUAGAAAACAAGCCGCAAACAAGCUCAAGUCAAAGCGAUGAAGUAGAAGAAACGAAAGUAGAGAGAAAAAAAAACAGUAAAAACAACACAUAUCGAAAAACCAAAAGCGGAAAAUACAGAAUGAAACUUAAUACCGAAAACUAAAAGCUAAAACGUCAUAUAUUUCGUGUGCGCUCGCUAUUUGCAGAAUUUGAUUUCAUUUUUUCUUUCUGCGCUGUAUGUGAUUUCAAACGGUUUUUUUUUCUGCAAACGUUUGACGAGAAAACAAAAACAAACCCACAGCAACGUCGUGUGUGUGGUAUAAUUUUCACUUAACAUCAUUGAGUUGGGUUUUAUUUUGUCAGUCGCGCUGGAUGCGUGCUAAUGUAUUCGUGGGAAAUAACGAAGGAUAGGGCGCAAUAAAAAAUCAAAUUAUGAAAGAUAUUUCACCACAAAGCUAGACGAAAUAAGAGGAAAUUUCAUUCGAGUUAAUUCGAAAAAUGAAAUCUGAUUUUCUCACAUAAAUCAAUCGAGCACACGGUUAGACGAGUACACAUCGGAAAUGUGAAAAGAAUAGAAGGGAAAAUAAUCGGCGCAAAGGAGGUAGAACAACCAAAUUAUAACAACCACCACAAAAAAACAACAACGAAAGACAAACUAACUAUAGACACUUACACAAACUUGGCCGACACAAUAUACAAGGCGGAAAGGAAAAAAAAAAAUAACAACAAAAGCACAAAACGUGCAAGCAAGGUGACGGCGUAGUUCAGAAAAAAAUAACGAAACUGAAAAACAGACACACGGUGCGCGCGACCCUAUAACGUUAAAAAAUGAGCACGACACGGAAAAGCCAGGCAACAGCAAGUCCGUUGAAACGCCAGCGUUCCAAAAGGAAUACACCGUGAAAGAUAUCGAGCGAGAGAAAGAGAGAGUAAAACGCAGGACGUGACCAUUGAUGAUUGUUGAUAUUAUGGGCAUUCAGUACCGUCGAAGUCAAUCGCUCUCUGCAGUCAUUACAAAAACAGCAACAUCAUUCUGAAAAUACACGUAACAUUGUAUGUGUGCUCCGAAUAGUGAGACAGCAAUUUAUAGCGAAAAACCGAUUGCGAUUGAUGAAGACAAAACGUAAAAUUAGUUUUUAAUUAAAGUGCAAACUAGCGAGAGUUUGACAGCCAGCGAUAUACAGAGAGUGAGUGAGAGCGAAACCUUGAACUAAAAACUAUCUGGAAAUAAGGACAUUAUUUAAUUAGAGAACGGUGGGGGAACUGAUGACACAAAAAAAGAGAUAUAGAACAACAAGAAAAUAAAAGCGCGUGGAAAUUGAUGAAAAUCGAUCGUAGCAUUUCCCAAAUAACUUCCAUAUCGAUGGUUUUUGGAUUGUGCGGCAAAGCGUAACGUGCAAACAACAGCAAUCUAAUUUGCAACGAUUUUUUGCUACGUUCGUCGCGUUCGCCUUCUUCUGUUGUCCAAUCUCGCUGCCAACACACGUCAAAUCAAUAUCGUUUGUGGGGCUAUGAGCUGAGUUUUUUUGUUCGUUUUUGUUCUACGUGCAUUUUCCAUGGCAAUCCAUGAAAUGCAUUUGAACUGAAGUAAACUAAUCGGUGAGAGGUGUCAUUUGCUGGACAGAAAAAAAGUCAGCAACCACUACUGCAGAAGAGGAAAAAAGAAAUCGCAGAGAAAAAAAACAUACACACAGAAAAACGAAAUCGUUAAUUAGAAUAAGCCCAGUAGCUAAACACUUGCUUAAGACUAAAUAAUUUUUUUUCCGUUGGUUUCGUAUGUGGUGCGUGGGCGGACACGGCAAUAAAGCAUAGCAGCAACAGUAAAUUGAAAGUAAAUGAUGUAUCAAUAUCAACAAAAACGGCUUAAUCGACGAAGAUAAAUAUACGCCGCCAACAAAAACAACAACACAGGAUCAGAGCAGAACGCAAAUAACCAAACAAAUUGAGUUCAUUGCAAUUUGUCAACAGAAAAUAACAACUUUCUUUAUUCACAUCGUGUGCUUUUGUGUUGAUAUAUGUGAGAAAUAACAUACAUACACACACACACGGUAUUCGCUUCAUUCACAACAUAUUUAUUCCGUCUAUUUUUCCGCUGGGGUGGCAAACAAACGAUUUUCGAUAAAAUGAACCGAAAUUGCUUUCUACGAUUGUUUUCGAUUGUGUUAGCAGUGCAUACAAUACAAGAUGGAUUAAUCGUGAACGCUGCCAGCGCUUCGCAUAAAGCUCGUCCAAAAAUCGAUUUAAGUGACCCAUUUUAUAAUGGGCAAAUCCAUUAUGAUGAUACAUUAACUGAAACGCCGAUCGGAACGAUUGUAUACGCAAUUGAUGAGGAGAGCGUUGAGGUCGAUCCAUUUGCGAAUGACAAUACAAAAACGUUUCAACUUCAAGACGUUGUUACGCACGGUAAUUCGAAUGACAAAUCUUUUAUAAAUCAUAAUUUAUUUACGAUCGGCGAUGGAAAUGACGCGAUUGUCGAGAAUGACAGUGAUGAAGACGACGACGAUGAUGAUGGUGUCGCCGAUGUGAUUGACAUUGAUGGUGUGGUCGAUAAACAGGCAACAGCACACAAUUCGAAAUUCGCUAAUUUCGCAUUCAACGACGAAAAACUAAUUCCGAUAUCGAAAGCCGACAACAAUAAAAAUGCUGAUAAACCAUCGCAAAUCCAAUUGCAACCGAAGCAUCACCAGCAUCAGAUAUCGAAUGCAACCGACCAGAAUACGCAACGAGUUCCACACCAAGGCCAACAGCAAACAGUGAAUAAUGUUAUCGCAUCCCAUUCGAACAGGCAAAUGACCUAUAAGCAUUCGAAUAAAACAUCUACGGCACGCAUGAAGUCGCACCGUCAUCACAAUCACAAGCCCAACCACAACGGAAAAUGGUAUCGACGUCAUCAAAAGUGGUUGAAACAACACAAAGCGAAAGCACAUCGCAAUCGACACAGCAGCAGCAGCAGUGCAUCGUCGCGAAGUGGUUUAAAGCCGCAACGAAUAAAUUCCGGUAUGAAAUCAAAUGCUCGUGCACCGUCGUAUGUUCAGGCUCAUGUAAGUUUCUACGAUUCAAGUUUUGAUGAUGACACUUUGACUUCGAAUCGUUUCACCUCGACGAACAACCAUCGAAACGGUGACAAAUGGCCACACUUGAAGCGGUUACAAAGUCAAUUGCAUCAAGACAUGCUGGGCGAUUCACUACCGCCGUACAUCAAAAAGUACAGUCGACGUAACAAACAGCUCAUUGGAUUGCUUGAAGGCGAAGGUAUGCCAAAUGUUGACAAUGCUGAUACAAAUGCAAAGCAACAAUCACAUCCGCGUCGUCGUCAAAAGCAAACCAACAAAUGGAUUGAAAAGAACCUGUUCGAAGAGCAACUUGAAAAGAAGAAAAACAAAAGCGCUCAUCAUCAGGAUCAGCAUCAGCAGCAGCAACAACAACAGAAACAGCAACAGCUACCACCGAUCGCACCGUAUUCAACCGAUGGAAAAAGUAUUAUACCAAUUAUUUUGAACUCGAAGCAACGGUAUUUAACCGAGAAGAAUGUACAAAGUGAACCGAAUGCAUUGCCGGGUGAACACUUAUCAUUGUCAUCGGAUGACUACGAAGAUUGUGACGAUGAUUCGGACUGUGGUCCAAGCACAGCCGUUCAACAUUCGAAAAUCGGGCACAUGAAAAAGAAGAAGGACAACAUCUCUCCGAAAGCUGAUUCAUUUUUAUUUCAUCGUGUUGCCACGCCAAAAUUAGUCGGCACAGCCGCUAUUGCUGGUGGCUUAAUUAAGCAAAAGCUUCCAUUUGUCGCACUCACUGACAAACGCAUCGAGGAGGAUGGUUCGAAGCAACGGCGCAUUAAUACCGUACAAAAUACAUUCCCGCUGCCCUAAAGCAAAUGCCCAAAUAAGAAGAGAAAAAAAUUAUGUUUGGCAAAUUGAAUCGAGACAUGCUUCGACCUAAGCAGCACCGAAUCAAAUGCACAUAAAAAAAUACCAUACACACUCACACAGAGACAACUCUAUUAACGGAAGAAAAAACAAAUCGAAAGCAGUAUAGUGGGAAUAAAUGAAGUAAUUUCUUUUAUCACAAAAGUUCAGACUUCAGAGCAAUUGUCCGAUAUAGCAGAGAGAGAGAGAGAGAGAGAGAGAGAGAGAGAGAGAGAGAGAGAGAGAGAGAGAGAGAGAGAAAAAAACACUAGUGCAGCUGAUUCCUCUCUACAUUUUCUCUCUCGCACACACAUACACACACACACACACACACACACACACAAGCAUACAGGCACGUAAUCCAUCUAGCUGAAUAGAAGAAUAUUAUAUGAAAAUAUAUAGUUUGUAAUAACAAGUGGGAGCUUUUUUUUCUCUUCUCUUCUCUCUCUCUCUCUCUCGCUCACUUUUGUCUAUGUUUUGUUUUAACCGCGCCAGCUCACAGUGGACCAGCACCAUGGUUGAAAACUUAAUAAGCGACAGCCCCUUUAUGUUUUAUUCAAAUGACGAAGCGGCGGUGUUUGUACGAGGCAAACAUAUUAUCCGGAUUAUAUAACAAACAAUGGGCUACACUGACAAUGAUAUUUCAAAAGAAACUCUCAUCACGAUAGAAGUGCGCGCCACAUUCAAAUGAAAGAAUUUCGCUUUUCAUUCGAGCAAAGGAGAUAGAUAAAGAGGGAGAGGGAGAAAAAGUGAAAUAGAGAAAAACAAAAAAUAACAUAUACACACACAAAUAUCACACAUUGAAUGUGUAGGCUUCAUCACAAAAAAAAAUCUACGCACCUGCUAACUGUUGAUGUCAAAAGAAACUAGAGUUUACUCAAAACCAUUUUUAUAAAUGUGUUCUCAUGAAUGUAGAUAUUAACUAAACAUAACGAAAUAGAAUUAAAGUAGUCGUUUGCGCUUUGGUUAUCGUCGGCUAUUAAUCAAUGGCUAUUUUAUACACAUAUACAUAUACUAUACAAACACACACACACAUAUACACAAAUGGCCCUCUUUUAUUGCCUCCUCCUUCGACAAAUCUAGCUGAUAAUACGUGUGUAUGUGUGUCGCUCUCUGUUUUAUCAGAACGACCAUCCACGACAAACAAAAACCAAUCUCUACUUUGAAAUACAUAUCUUUCCCUGAACCAUACAUAAUAUUAUUGAGUGUGCAAAAAUCCUAUCAAAGGGAGUUCUAUAUAUUAUAUCAUUUAUUGCAAAAUUUCAAAAGGAAUAGUAAUCAUCAAGCAAGAAAUGUUGAAAGAGUAAACCGUCUUUAUAAAAAAACGGUGUGUGCCUUCAAAGGCAAAAACUCCAGCGUGUUUCAUUGAGCUGCUGCAUUCAGCCACGUUUUUAUAACGGGAGCUGUUGUCAACAAGUGACUGUUCACUUCACAUGAAAACCAAGAACAAAAACACUCACAAACUAAAUAUCGUGUUAUUUGAUAUGAAAUCGCAUCUUACACGCUGAAACAACGAUUGCAAACCGAGUAUUAUAAAUACUCAAAGGAAUAUUAUAGCGAAGUCGUGAAUGAAAGCAUAUAUUUCUAUAUAGAACCACUCAAACGUAACCGUAAAAAGGAUUAUCACAUAGCAUAUUAAACUGAAAAUGUCUUCUAAAUGUAUUAAAAUCAUAGAAUAUUACCUGUGAACACUGGAACACACGGAUUACAAGGGAUGCGAAAAGUCUGAGAUGGAAAAUAGAUUGAAGAUGACAGAAAAACCAAGAAAAUGAAAUUUAAAAAAAAACGAAAAUGUAUGUUCAUUUAUAAUUUCUAAUUGUUAAAAUUGUUAUAGCAAGGAUGGAUUUUAAAUGUUGUAUGAAAUGAGAUGGUUUCUGUGUGUAACAACAUCCAUACUGUUUAACUGGAAAACAUUUUCUGUUGUUAUUUACCAUUGUCACAAUUUUCACAUUUACCCCAGGAGUGCUGGAAAAUGAGUGAUUGUUGAAUGAAGAAAAUUAAUUGCAUGAAUUGCGUGGAUUUUACGUGGAAAUUUACACAAAACAUUUGAUAUAUUAGACGAAGCUCAAAUAACAAGUGGUAGAUUAUUGUGUGGAAAGGAUAAAUGUUACGCGAGAGAAACAGAAAGCGAGAAGGACAGAAAGGGAGAGGGAGGGAGGUAGAAUAAAUGAUAAACUGUAUCAAAAUACCGACAAAAGCAAGGAAAUGUGAAAAACGAAAUAAAAAUGAUUGUAAUCACAUUUGAAAGUAAUAAUCGGUGUUUGUUUCAUUUGUUCUAUUGUUUAUGCCAAAGAGUUUUCCAUAAAAUUUCUCAACGUUAAUUGAUUGACAAAUGGCAGAGAGAAAGGAAGAAGUAAUACUUCAAAUGCAAAACAACGAAUUAUAUGGGUUUUAUGUUCAGAAUCGGAGUCACCCACACAUAAA